AUGCUCUUCCUGGUGUGGCUAUGGUCGUUGGCACUGCCGAUCUGCGUUGGUGCUUCUCCCGACACGAAGACCCGGACUAUCUGCUUCACCAAGCGGGUAAGUCCAUCGCCGACCACGCCCAUUAGCACCAACAACAUUGUCAAAACAACGACGUACAAGCGCGUCGUCACAAUCACCACGACACCCGCCGUCACUAUCACGCCCAAACCAAUCACAAGGACGACCAAGGUUAUCUCGAAAACCACCGUCUUUUCAGGGAAACCGCAGUCCACCGUGUCUUUCACUACCACCGUGGUCGUCCCCUCCACCGCCGUGACCACUCUGCCGCUCGAAACUCUAACGGUCGAGACCACCACCACCAUAACCAGCACGAGAACGGUGCAGUCCGAGACGACCGUGGGUCUGCCCUCGGGCUUCCAGCCCGUGCGCAGCACACUCCCGAGCGCCGCUGCCAAGAAGAAGAGGUGUCUCCCAGCCAAGCCCGGGCCCAAGCCAGGGCCUGCGCUCUGUCCUCUCCAGAACAAACCUCCGCCCCCAAGCUGGCCAGGCGCCGUUACCUGUGUCGGUGUGAUACAGCAGUACACCACCAGCACCGUGACACGCACAGCGCAACGGACAACAACACACAGGGCCCCAACGCCGACGAUCACAACCACAUCGACCAUUGUGCUGACUUCGACAUCUAUCCUGACGACCCCAGACGCAGCCACGACCGUCACUGCCACCUCAGUCAUCAUCUUCACCAGCACGAGCGCGCCAGUGACUACCACAACCACGACCACCACGGAGACAGUAACUGCCACAGUCUACGCCGCGACAGCCUACGCGCAAUGCACCUCGGGCUCUACCAACUUCGCAGCCACCCUCAGCGGCCACGCCAUCGACGCCAGUACCGAUGCCUACGGGGAAGGUCUGAGGCCCUUCACCACGUCUGACAACUCGCGCGAGGACUGCUGCGAGUCCUGCGCCGCUAACCCAGUAUGCGUGGGCUCAGCCUUCUACGGCGGCUUCAACGCAGGGCAACGCUGCUACAACUUCGUGGCCCCAGGCGGAGCGACUUGUGGCACUGGAUCCGGACAACAGUACACCUUGGGUGUCUACCGGGAUAGCGCGGGACCGGGACAGGGUUACUCUAUUUCUAAUGGGCCUUGUGGUGCUUAUAGGGUAAAUGAGGGUCCGUUUGGAGCGGCCGCCGCCGUCGUCUAG